GUGGUACACUGGCCAUUUUCCAUGGCUUCAACGCGCAUCUUCUCCUCCCCACUGAAUCUCAAGUUGAAGCCUCCCGGAUUCGAUCCUCACUCUCCAUUCCCUUACUUCACAAAUUCUCUCUCCCUCCGCCGCAGCAAAUGGGAAACCAUUAGUUUCCGACUAACUAACAACCGAAAAUCUCGCCGGGAUCUGCCCCCGCCUGCCGCUGCCCAUAUGCUCCCUGAAAAUCCGGUCGUCGUCGAUGUUUUCGCCACUGCUUUUACCGGCAUCGUUGCUCUCUCUUCCCUCCGUGUCUGGGAAGAGACCGCCAAACGUCGCCUCGUCGACCAGAACCUGAAUAGGAAGCUUGUGCAUAUAAGUAUUGGGCUAGUUUUCAUGCUUUGCUGGCCAUUAUUCAGUUCAGGGUAUCGUGGAGCAGUUUUAGCAGCUCUUGUUCCUGGAGUUAAUAUCAUACGAAUGCUUCUCUUGGGUUUUGGAAUAUGGAAAGAUGAAGGCACAGUGAAGUCAAUGAGCAGACAUGGAGACCACAGGGAACUUCUCAAGGGUCCACUAUACUAUGCUGCAACAAUUACUCUUGCUUGUGUGGUCUACUGGAGGACUUCACCUGUAGCAGUUGCUGCAAUAUGCAACUUGUGUGCUGGAGAUGGUUUUGCAGAUGUUGUUGGAAGGCGGUUUGGGACUAUAAAACUACCUUACAACAGAAAUAAAUCUAUAGUGGGUAGUAUUGCAAUGGCAACAGCUGGUUUUUUGACAUCCCUGGUGUUUAUGUACUAUUUUUCAUACUUUGGAUACAUUCGAGAAAGCAGGAAAAUGGUCUUGGGUUUCUUGAUUGUAUCUCUUGCAACUGCCCUUGUAGAGUCCCUCCCAGUUAGUAGCAAGCUUGAUGACAACCUCACAGUUCCAUUAACUUCUAUAUUUGUAGCCAGACUUGUUUUUUGAUUCAGGAAUCUCCUCUAUUUCCCAAGUACGAUCAAGCCGUUGUGGCCAAUUCAGUGGUAAAUGUUGCAAUAUAUUCUGGUUGUAGAAUAUUGUAUUGAAGUUGAAAGAGCUAAAAACUACUUGAGAAAAUGAGUGGAAAAAAACGAGAACUUUUGGAGAAUGGUAUAAUUUACACAAACAAUAAACCAAGGUGGGUAGACAUAUCAUAUCUUGCUUUCAGGUGUACUUACCCAUGUACAGGAACAUGAAACUAAAAUCACUUCUAGAGGGGAAAUUUAUCGUUGAUUUGCCUCCUGCACUGCAGUUCCUGCUCUGUUGCACUAUCAUGAUAAUCAAUCCUCUGCCUCCAUGGUGAGCUCCUCUGUGGAACAGAAAGCGAAGCUUCCGGCCUAGAACUUCUAUUUCUGCCACGCCUGAGCCAAGGGAUAAGGAUAAUUAAUGCAAGGAAGAUGAUGAAAGCGAGUACAAAAACAAGCAACAGGAUUUCGCCAUGCAGAGCAUAGUGCCUGUCAUUCGAAAAAAGAAGCCCGUCUUGUGGUUCUAAACCCAUGGGAUCCAUAGCCGGUGAAGGCUGGGGGCUGAGGGCUCUUCCAUAUAAAUCUAUGUUGGAGAGAAAAGCAGUAUGAAGGGUGUGACUUUAUCUGCAUAUCCAACCAAAAAGGCCCGCAUUCCAUACCUUGUUUUGUUUGUUUUAUUUCACUUAUAGAAUUUGAAUUGAUUGGUAAAUGGAGGUGAAGGCAUUGUGACAAAUACUCCUUUUGUUUCUUGUCCUCUCGCGUUUCCUUAGCCAUUAAAUUUGUUUUGUUGGU